GCGGCCCCGCCCCUCGCUCCCCCGCCGGCGGCGCGGCCGGCGCUCCCCCUUCCUCCCUCUCCUUCCCUCUCGCAGCAAUGGCGGCGACGGAGCAGGAGCAGUUCUACGCCCUCCUCGGCAACCUGCUCAGCCCGGACAAUGCGGUCCGCAAGCAGGCCGAGGAGACCUAUGAGACUAUUCCAGGCCCAUCAAAGAUCACUUACCUGCUGCAGGCAAUCAGGAACAAUGCUACUCCCGAGGAGGCUCGGCAGAUGGCAGCUGUCCUUCUGCGCCGCCUGUUGUCAUCUGCGUUUGAAGAAGUUUAUCCAGCUCUGUCACCUGAGGAUCAGACGUCAGUCAAGAGUGAAUUGCUGCUCUUCAUCCAGUUAGAAGUGCAGUCCACUAUGAGAAAGAAAAUAUGUGACAUAGUCGCUGAAUUGGCCAGGAAUUUAAUAGAUGAAGAUGGUAACAACCAGUGGCCAGAAGUUCUGAAAUUCUUAUUUGACUCUGUCAGCUCUCAGAAUGUGGGACUGCGUGAGGCUGCUCUGCAUAUUUUCUGGAAUUUUCCUGGGAUUUUUGGGAAUCAACAGCAACACUAUUUGGAUGUCAUUAAGAGAAUGCUGGUUCAGUGUAUGCAAGAUCAGGAGCAUCCCUCAAUCAAGACUUUGUCUGCUAGAGCUGCAGCUGCAUUUGUGCUUGCUAAUGAGCUCAAUGCUCCCCUUCUUAAACAUUUUGCAGACUUGCUACCUGGAAUCUUGCAGGCUCUAAAUGAUUCCUGCUACCAAAAUGAUGAUUCUGUUCUGAAAUCCCUUGUAGAAAUUGCAGAUUCUGUUCCUAAGUAUUUACGACCACAUUUAGAAGCUACUUUGCAGCUAACCCUGAAGUUGUGUGCAGAUGCCAGUCUCAGUAACAUGCAGCGUCAGUUGGCACUUGAAGUAAUUGUGGCCUUGUCAGAAACUGCUGCUGCUAUGCUGAGGAGGCAUACAAAUAUUAUUGCACAAGCCAUUCCUCAGAUGUUAGCAAUGAUGGUUGACUUGGAAGAAGAUGAAGAUUGGGCAAAUGCAGAUGAGCUUGCAGAUGAUGAUUUUGACAGCAAUGCAGUGGCUGGUGAGAGUGCGCUGGACAGGAUGGCAUGUGGCCUUGGAGGGAAACUUGUUUUGCCUAUGAUUAAAGAGCAUAUUAUGCAAAUGCUUCAGAAUCCUGACUGGAAGUACAGGCAUGCUGGCUUGAUGGCACUCUCUGCCAUCGGAGAAGGUUGCCACCAACAGAUGGAGGGAAUUUUAAAUGAAAUAGUUAAUUUUGUUUUGCUAUUCCUUCAGGAUCCUCAUCCCAGAGUAAGAUACGCUGCUUGUAACGCUGUUGGACAAAUGGCAACUGAUUUUGCACCUGGGUUUCAAAAGAAAUUUCAUGAGAAGGUGAUAGGAGCUCUACUUCAAACCAUGGAGGAUCAAGGCAGCCAGCGUGUUCAAGCCCAUGCAGCUGCAGCACUCAUAAACUUCACUGAAGAUUGUCCCAAGUCACUGCUUAUUCCAUAUUUGGAUAAUCUAGUGAAGCAUCUUCAUUCCAUUAUGGUGAUAAAAUUACAAGAGUUGAUACAGAAAGGCACUAAGCUAGUUCUGGAGCAAGUUGUGACUUCAAUUGCAUCAGUUGCAGAUACGGUGGAGGAGAAGUUUGUUCCCUACUAUGAUUUAUUUAUGCCCUCCUUAAAACACAUCGUUGAAAAUGCUGUUCAGAAGGAAUUAAGACUUUUACGAGGAAAGACUAUUGAAUGCAUCAGUCUAAUUGGUCUUGCUGUUGGCAAAGAAAAGUUUAUGCAGGAUGCAUCAGAUGUAAUGCAGCUGUUAUUGAAGACACAAACAGACUUCAGUGAUCUAGAAGAUGAUGAUCCACAGAUUUCUUACAUGAUCUCUGCAUGGGCCAGAAUGUGUAAAAUUCUUGGAAAGGAAUUUCAGCAGUAUCUUCCUGUUGUCAUGGGACCUUUAAUGAAGACUGCAUCCAUUAAACCUGAAGUAGCUCUUUUAGACACACAAGAUAUGGAGAACAUGAGCGAUGAUGAUGGUUGGGAGUUUGUAAGCAUAGGUGAUCAGCAGAGUUUUGGAAUUAAAACUGCAGGUCUGGAAGAAAAAGCAACUGCGUGCCAAAUGCUGGUUUGCUAUGCAAAAGAGCUAAAAGAAGGAUUUGUGGAAUACACAGAGCAAGUUGUAAAGCUGAUGGUUCCAUUGUUGAAGUUCUAUUUCCAUGAUGGUGUCCGAGUGGCAGCCGCAGAGUCGAUGCCCCUCCUCCUUGAAUGUGCCAGGGUUCGUGGGCCGGAGUACCUGACGCAGAUGUGGCACUUCAUGUGUGAUGCUCUCAUCAAAGCCAUUGGGACAGAGCCAGAGUCUGAUGUCCUCUCAGAAAUAAUGCAUUCUUUUGCAAAGUGCAUUGAGGUAAUGGGAGAUGGAUGCCUUAACAACGAACACUUUGAAGAACUUGGAGGAAUACUGAAAGAAAAACUAGAAGAGCACUUUAAAAAUCAAGAAUUAAGACAGGUGAAAAGACAAGAUGAAGACUAUGAUGAGCAAGUUGAAGAGUCAUUACAAGAUGAAGAUGACAGUGAUGUUUAUAUUUUGACUAAAGUAUCAGAUAUUUUGCACUCAAUAUUCAGUAGUUACAAGGAGAAGGUACUGCCAUGGUUUGAAAGGUUACUUCCACUAAUUGUCAACCUAAUUGUAAGUACCUUGUUUUUCUUUAAUUUGAAUUUAGUUAUUUUUUGCAAGGACACACAUACCUACAGAGUCACUGUAUUAGUGAAGGCGCUUCCAUUGCUGGUGAGAGUCAUUCAGUCACCAGAUGCCAAAGCCAAAGAGAAUGUCAAUGCAACAGAAAACUGCAUUUCAGCAAUAGGAAAGAUAAUGAAGUUCAAACCUGACUGUAUAAAUGUUGAAGAAGUCCUUCCACACUGGUUAUCAUGGCUUCCACUUCAUGAAGACAAAGAAGAAGCUGUUCAUACUUUCAAUUAUCUGUGUGACUUACUUGAGAGCAAUAACCCAAUUGUCCUCGGUCCCAACAAUUCCAACCUUCCCAGAAUACUUGGUAUAAUUGCGGAUGGUGAAAUCCACGAAGCUAUCAAACAUGAAGAUCCAUGUACCAAGCGGCUGGCUAACGUUGUUCGCCAAGUGCAGACAUCCGGAGGACUGUGGACAGAAUGCAUAUCACAGCUCAAUGCAGAUCAACAGGCAGCCAUACAGGAGCUCCUGAACUCUGCUUGAAGGGCCUUAAUUAUCAUCUGCAAGAAAACUAACUCCAAAUAAACGUUUACCCUAUUGUUUAGGUUUCUUUUGUUUCUUUUCUGAGUAAAACCAGAACUGUAGUGCGUGUAGGCCAUUCUUCUGCAACCUCCAGGCAGUGGCAGCAGGAAGAAGCAUUCUUUCAGAACGGUGUUUAAAUCAGUUUCUAUCCCACAACAUGAAAGAAGUUUCCUGUAAACCCUACAAUAGCACUGAAGAGUAUUUUUCUAACGGUAUCAGCCAUCCAUACGAUGGUGAAAGGGAAACAAGUUGAAUUUUCUCAUUAGACAUAAGACCUUCAGCAGUAGAUGUACGUUAUAACAGAUAAACCUUUCUACAUCUAGUGUUAAUUGUAUGAAUUGGAGUGUGAGUCUUUGUAGGGUAGAAAGUGUCCUUCUGCCCAACAAGGUAGUAGAUCAAAAGAUGAAAAAACUGAAGACAAACAUCGAGCAUGAAGACCUCAUUGAUCGCACUUUCGAUUCCCAAAAACAACUUGUACAGUGACUCAAUGAGGAAAGCUGUUCAGCUUCCAGCCCUUGAAUGUGAAGUCUCUUUGGCAUGUCUGACAGUAUCUCAUUCACUCCUCAAUAAAUGACAUUGAAACACAAGAAGCUUGUGUAGAAGUUCA